ACGUUAAACCAAAGUGUUGACAGAGGCCAAAGUGGUCCAAGUGCGACUCCGAGAAUCCUUAUUUAUUACGACUUUAACCGCCUUUUCCCCCGUCUUCCUUCGGUUUUUAGGAUUUAAGGAUGGCUGAUGUGGAUAUCCUUACCACCCUCAAGAUUCUCAUCAUAGGAGAAAGCGGCGUGGGGAAAUCCAGCUUAUUACUUCGGUUCACAGACGACACUUUUGACCCCGAGCAAAGUGCGACCAUUGGUGUUGACUUUAAGGUUAAGACAAUCAGUGUAGAUGGAAAUGUAACAAAGUUAGCAAUUUGGGACACAGCAGGUCAAGAAAGGUUUAGAACUUUAACGCCCAGCUACUACCGAGGAGCCCAGGGUGUUAUCCUUGUGUAUGAUGUUACUAAUAGGAACUCCUUUACCAAGUUAGAUAUGUGGCUCAAUGAACUUGACACUUACUCAACCAAAACAGAGAUUGUAAAGAUGCUAGUGGGCAACAAGAUUGACAAGGAGAAGGUUGAAGUUAGUAGAGAGGAAGGCCUCAAGUUUGCCCGACGUCAUGCAAUGCUUUUUAUUGAAGCCUCUGCCAAAACAAAGGAUGGUGUGCAGUGUGCCUUUGAAGAACUUGUCCAGAAGAUUAUUCAAACACCAGGCUUAUGGGAGAUGGACCAGAGAUCUCAGGGUGGUUUCAACGUCUCGCAUCAGAAUCAUAACGAAGACUCUUAUUGUGGAUAUUGUUCAGUUCUUUAAAAGUAAUGAGAUUUUUUUAUUUUAUUUUUUAUAUAUAUAUAGGAUAUUCUUUAUGCCGAUUACAAAUUACUUCCUUAUCUUUUCCUACUAUAGCUUAUUUAUAUUAUGCAGUUACUAUUAUUUUUCUACUCUUCCUUUUAAACCCUUGGCUUCUGUUUUCUUCUAUAUAUAAUGCACUUCAUAUGUUAGUUUUUGUACAAACAGAGACUCUCUCUCUACAAACAGUUGUAUAGAAAAUGUCCUUUAGAUAUUCUUAGGCUACUGUUCUCUUCCUGUCUGAUAUAUAGUACUUGAUGUACUUUACAUUGUACAUUUCUCAGAAUACUCUUAACUUUUUUUAUUAUCAGUAGUAUUUUUAUGAUUUUUAUUUUAUUGUUUUUUACUAUUCUGUUUUAAGCAUUGCAAUUAUAAUAAGCAAUAUUGUUACCAUCAAAAUUAUCUGCAUUAUUACUAUUAUUAUUUUAUAUGAUUAUUAAUGUAACUUCUUCUGUUGUCAUCGAUUUUAUUAUUAGUUCUAUCAGUAUCAUUAUUGUUGUUAUUAUUAUUAUUAUUAUUAUUAUUAUUAUUAUUACUACAGACCUUUUAAGACUUUUUAACAGUCUUUAGAAACUACAAGAAAGAAUUAUAAUUUGUUUAUAUUGAAAUAGGUUGAAAUGUGUACCAGAUAUAAUGUGUCUUACUUGUUGGCCCAUUUAUGUUUAUUAGGACUAUAAACAGAAGCCUCCAUGGAUAAGGAUUAUUAACAGAAAAAAAAAGUUUUACUGUGUGGUUCAUCAAAUGUAACAAGUUAUUUUGAUUUAUAUAUUACAGAUGUAAAGGCCAGUCAUAACAUUAUUACAUUUUUCAAGUGUAAAGGCAAAUUUUAACUUUACUGCAGUGAUUGCUUGGUGCAAAGUAAGGUUGAGCUCAACCUUAUCAUAAACUGAGUAAUAAGUGAAUUCAGCAUUGACUGCAUGCCUUACAAAGGUGAUAAUAUGAGACAACUUUUCUUAACCUGAGCUUUCUAAUUCCCAGCUUAGGUGCCUGGACAAGUGGUCAUUUAAUAUGACCUCUUGCAGCAGAAAGACCAAUGAAGCUGACAGGAUACCCCUUAAAGGAAAAAGAUUGUGAUUAGCUUUUAUACGCUUUACUGUUAGUAGUCAUUCAGUCCUGUUCUGCUUGAUGUCUUGCCGAUAACGAGAGAUUGCUGAUUUACUAGUUAACAGAUUAAUUUUGUGUCUGUGUUAGUGAAUGGAAGGAAGAAUCAGAUUGAGUAGUCAAUAGACAUUUGCAGAACAUGGGACGAUUUGUUUACUCCAUAGCAGUAGGGUUCAUAUUUUCUUUUCAAGCUAAUUAUGAAUAAGAAUGUAGAAAAAUGUGCACAGAUGUGUUAAUUCUUAAAGUCAUUAAGUUUUGUUAAAGCGUGUUUCCUCUGUAAGUUAAGGUCUUUCAACAUGUCUUUACACACGGAAUUAUUUCUGAAAUUAAAAAAAAAAAAAAAAAGGAUAACACAAGUUAUGAUAUAAGGACAGAAAAUGUUAUGAGCUUUACUAGUAAAAGGUAUUUUUUUCCUUCUCUUUAUGACAUGCAACGGGAUUUUUUUCUCAUAGACUAACAUUAAUUUAUGUAACCUUUAAAGCUUUCAUUAAUUGCAAAAAUAAUCUAUCCAAAAGGAAUUCAGAUUUUCUGGAAAUAUAUGCAAAUCACUUCUAUAAAGGAGUAUAAGGGUGCCAUGAGGAAUAUAGAAGGAAUUCGUAAUCAUAUGGUGCUUAUUAAAUUGAUAAGACUAACUUUUUUUUUUUUUUUCUUUUUACAAGACCAAAUGCAGAUACUAAAGUCAUAUGCAUAUACUGUAUAUUGCUUGCAAAGUGAAUACAUUAUUAUGUAUAAUUUUCUUUUGUACCCAGAAGGUAAUUAUUAUUAAAGAUGUAUGUGUUAAAAAACAGUUUCUUUCAUUACAUCAGAAAAACAAGUCAGUUUUGAUUUUUUUGAAAUGCAGAACCAAACAUUCAGAAUUAAGAUUUAUGUUACUCUAAUUUUUUCCACCUUAUACAGCACUUUAGGCAGUUGUGAGAGGUAAUUAUAAUUUAGACUAAGGCAUGUGAGCACACACAUCACACUAUACCACACACUUUAAUACUAUAUAGCUUCAUUGCUAACUCUUUCUUGAAUGGGUCAUAGUUGAUGCUGCCCAUAACAUGAGAUGUGAGUUUGCCCUUAUGAAUACUUGGAUGUCAAACAUAUCCUUAGUUUUGUGCAAUAACAUUGCUCAUUUUUGCACAUGUCCCAGAGGUUCUAUGCAUGACCAUGCUGUUUUCACCUACUAGUUAAAACAAAUAUUCUGGUGGUUAAGUAUGAGGGAGUUUGUUUGUUUGUCCUUUUCUUUUCUUUUCUUCUCUUUCUUUUUCCUUCCCUUCCAUUCCCUUUCCUUUCCCUAUCCCUAUCCCUUUCCCUUUAUAAAUUUCUCUCAUAAAGAAUCCUGAUUAUUGUCUUUCAACCCUUUAAAGGAUAAAUCACUUUAAUUGUUGUAAUACCCAAAGAUAAAUAUUAUAACUCAAGAAGUUAAAGAAAGCAUAUAAAAUAUAAUUUAUGAAGUUUAAGGAUUGGAAAUGCAAGGCUGUUAUUACUAUAAUAUUAUAUCAUCUUUUCAAAGUUAAAACUCAAAAUAUACACUUAAAACUUUAUUUUACUUUGAUAAACAAAAUCCCAAAAAUACCAAUCAAGAGAUACAAUAGAAAUGAGAAAAAAAAAAAAAUGGUUUAAAAGUAACAAAAGUAUUUAGGGAAAGAAAUUUAUGCAGAUGUGUAUUUUUCAUACUGUGUGCAAUUACACAACAUGUAUAUCUUUCAGUGCUCUAAAUAAAUCUUUCUUGCAUACUUUUAAGUUGUAUUAAGCAUUAUAUGAAUUUUGCUGUUCAAAGUAAUGAAACUCCAAUAUGCAUUCAGAUGACUAAUUAUCUACAAUAUGUAUUAACAGUAUAUCUAAGGUUCAAUAUAUUGUUCCUCAUAAUUUUUUGUAUCUUACUACAUAAGUUAAGUAAAUAUUAGCUGUUUAUAAAUAUGUGUAAGUGUCAGUGUGUGUUUGCAUGUGUGUGUGUGUACAUGUGUAUUUGAAAAUGUGAAAGAGAAAAAGAGAGAAUAAAUGUGCGUGCACACGUUUGCAUGUAUGUGUUUGUGUGUGUGUGCGUGUGCAUGUGUUCAUGCUUGUGUGCACACAUGUUUCUGUUUAAGAUAUUUGCAUGGAACCAAGGUUGCCAAAUACUUUCAACUGCAAUGUCACUGCAUAAAAAACUCCUAUACGUGUUUUUUCUAUGCACUAUACAUAUUUCCAUAGAACUAUCAUUGCAGGUAGUCUCUAUGUAUUUAAGUUCCCCAUAACCACGCCCACUUUCGGAAAAUUGGUUGGAAAAAUUGGACUAUACAUAUGUUACUCUGCAACUAUCAUAAGAUUAAUAGAAGUUAAAAGGUUAAUUGUUAAAUCAAAUAAAUAUGCUAGACAUCAAGGUCAUAUAGCACUAAUGGAAUUUUUUAAAAAGUUAAGGUACAUGAUUAUAGAUAUAACUGUGCUCUUCUACUGUUGUCAGUCAAAACCAAUAUUGAAAAUAUUUACCAAAACUUAUCUUAACUUUCAGUUAGGCAUUUACCAUACUUUCAAAAUGGGGCUAUAUUAACAACUUUUAGUGUAGAUAAGAAAUGCACAGACUAUUUUAUACUUGAAUUAUGCUUAUGUAUACUAGAAAAUCAUAAAUGUACAUAGUAUAGUAUGAAGCAAGGUAUAAACUUUAAUGUAAUGUUUUCAAUAAACAACAAAAUGUG